AUGUCUUCCGCCAAAGCUGGAAAGAAGAGCCAACGCUCUGCCAUCUCCGACGUUGUCUCGCGGGAGUACACCAUCCAUCUUCACAGAAGAGUCCAUGGUGUCUCCUUCAAGAAGCGGGCACCCAGAGCUAUCAAGGAGAUCCGCGCCUUCACUGAGAAAGCUAUGGGUACUAAAGACGUCCGUCUCGACCCCCAGCUGAACAAGAAGGUCUGGGAAGCCGGCAUCAAGGGCGUUCCCUUCCGCCUGCGCGUGCGCAUCAGCCGCAAACGUAACGACGAGGAGGGUGCUAAGGAGAAGCUGUACUCGUUCGUCCAGGCUGUGAAUGUGAAGGAUGCAAAGGGUCUGCAGACUUCCGUGAUUGAGGAUGCUUAG